AGGAAUAAAUAUGGUGAGUUGGUGAGUGCAAACCUUUCUUAUAUAGCCGAAGGCUGAAAGUUCCGAUGACCUCGACCUCACCAAUAGCCAAUACUCGUCCCGCUUCCGUCCUCCGUCACGUCAAGGAAUCCUGGCGACUGGAGCUUGCUGGCUGGGGCCGAUGGCCUUUUGGCCAUCGGUCAAGAUUCAGAGCCUGAAACCCGCGGAGCCACGGAGAUUCCGUGAACGGGAGAAGCAUGAUCAUCCGGCCGUUAGCAACCGUCGUCGCGAUCGUCUUCGUCGCUGCAGACAUAUUCCAAAACAUCGGCCUCGCCGCGCCCGUUGGCACCUCAUAUAACCAGCAACAGACUGGAAAUCUCAACGUCCACAUCGAUCUGAAGGAUAUUCAACUUGUUGCCGUCUUGCAGAACGGCAACCCUAUCGAAGCUGAUUACGGGGAUUACGAUUACACUUACGAUUACAGUGACUUCACUAUAAAACCGCCAAUGCGCAAUUUGACAACAACGUUAGAUCCCCCGAUCAAUGCCUCGUCAACGAGUUCUGUAGAGCCUUGGCAUACUUGGCCUACAACUACGGCAACAUCCUUGGCAUCCACCGCGUCUGUUGUUACGGCUCAUCCGCUAUUGCAACCAGAAUCCGCAGACGUUCAACCGGAAUCUGCAUUUACGGAGAACGCAAGCUCAUCAGUAUCAGUCCCACCCGCACCUGAGGCGAUGCAUGAUAAUUAUACUGCAAUCAAACCGUUGUUCGAAAGUGAAUUACCAUCAACUGAUUCGCCGGCACCGACGAGUUCUAUAACGAUGAGAGCAGAGUCAACUAAUAAGUUUGGAGAAGAUUUGGCGACUAACAAUAAGAACAACGUGUUCGCAGCUAUUGACGCGGCUGCAGUACCAGCCAACGAGCAAAAUCCUUCAUCAACCGCACGUCCCGGAAACGCAGAAACGUCCACUGAGCGAUCGCAAGUCCAGCUGUCGAAACAAUGUAAUCAAGGCUACAGACGGGACCGGAAAGGACAGUGUCGGCCUCAAAUCCGCCGCAGAGUCGCAUCGUCGUUGAUACCAUUUGGAAUCAGACUGACUCCGGAAGUUAUGCAACAGCACAACGGCUAUCGAGGGACUGUAUAGAAAAUUGAUAACGUUUCUGGAUCGAGUAACGCCGAUGCUCCGAAUUAUCCUAUAAUUUGAAUAUAUCAUACUUGCAGACUGUGUCAGAUAUGUAUUAUUAUACUGGAUAGAAUAGUAUUUACUAUGGAAUAAAGAUGCUGGUGAAAAGAA